AUGAAGAUUUUAGCAGCACUUGGAGUUGGCGUUUUGAGUCAAAAGAAUGAUGGUACUACUACCACAUCAGCAAUGCCUUCAACGAAAACAACGACUCGAAGACCAACAAAACCGCCAAUGACAACCACCCCAUUCGACAUGGAACCAAGUGGAGAGUAUGAGGAAGACAUGGGCGACUUCAACUACACUGACAAACCAGACUACGAAGAUGACGAUCAUCAUGACGAUCAUCAUGAUGACUUCGAAAAACCCGCGGAAGGCGAAUGCAGUAGGGAAGCAAUGAAAGACUGGAGGCAUGCGAUGGAGAAGUGGCAAAAGAGCUACAAAGAUUGGGAAGAGAUGAUGGAGCAUCAUAAGCACGAUAUGGGCGGAUCUUACAAGCCGGAUGGAGAAGGAUCUGGCUGGUUUGACUGGAUGGGCGACUGGGGAAUUGGAUCAGGUUCUAACGAUAACUACGACCACGACGACAACUACUACGGAUCAGGAGACGACUACUACGGCGGAUCGGGAGAUAUGGGCAUGGAUUACGGCGAUGACUCAGGCUUCUGGUCUCAAAUGGGCGAGUUCUUAGAAUUCCUUGGCACUGAGGAGUUCUGUCAUCUGCUGCCACUGGCUGUUCCGGACUAUUUGGAGCCGGAAAUGUGGAGGGAUCAGUGCUUGUAUCAACAAAAAACGCAAAUGGCGUACAAUAAUUUGAUCAAUGAAUUGAUGGCUGGGAUGAUCUCCCCCUCUGAGGCCUCGUCUGGAAUCUGUGGCCUGAUAGCUGGCGAAGUCGAAUACAUGCAUAAAAAUGAGCCCGAUUUUAUGAUGUACGCUUCGCCGAUUUUGAAACACUUCGAAGGCUCGUGCAAAUGCGCGGUGAAGAACAUCAUCAACUUGUUCUCUGAUGAUUUGAGCCCAAUGUCUGCCCUAACCUGCAUCGCUGAAAUCGCCCAAGCGGUGAAUGAGUUCGACAUGUAUUCAAUGGAAUAUCCCGAUAUCAGCGGCGGAUAUGUCAACUCGACGGUACCAGAGUGGAUGUACAACACGACUAUCGACCAAUUCCCGAAUGCCACGUAUUUUCUGAGCUGGUGGUUUGAAGAAGAACAGCAGAUGCAAGAAUUCGCCGCAGGAUUUCCUUGGUCAAUUGAGUACCUUUCCAAAGCAGGCAAUACCAACGCCACUGAAAUUGCCAAUGCGUUCAUCUAUUCCGAUGAUCUUUCCCAACUUUACAAAUACAAAAUCAAAGCUCUUGGCCACGAUGAUCCAGAAGAAUUCCGCGGUGUUUUCGCAAAAGAGCUGUACAUGAAGUUGGGUGAAGACAAAGCAAAAUACCUCCUCAACUCAAACUACUCCUUCGACUACGCCGAUUUCAUCAACAUGAGUGGUUCGGAAGCUUUUGCCGGUGCUUUCGGAUUUGAUCUUCAAGGAGUUCUUAGCCUUCUUUCUAUGCCAUACGAGAGCUUUGAUAUGAUGAAAUGGAACAUUAUUACGUACUACGAAACUUAUGUCAACACUAUGAACUCGAAAUUCGGAUAUGUGGCCAUUCCAAUCAAUCAUUUUGAAGAAUGGACUAGCCAAAAAUGGAUCUACUACCACUCCGUCGAAGAAAUCAACCAACCCGGAUUUGCUGAUGCCUUCAUUGAUAUGCACAAAGACGAGUUCCAUCAAGAUCACGAAACAGGAGAAGAAUAUGAUUCAUAUAAUUCCGUCUAA